AUGGCACAACCACUCAAAUAUAAUACUAUUGAAGUGUUGAAACAAUGGUUACAUUUCCCUAAUUAUAAAGUCGUCUAUUCUUCAGAAGAAGAAGAGGUAUCAGCAAGACAAAUCAAUUCUAAAAUAGAAGGGAAGUCCGAUAUAACUAUUGUCAUCACAACAACUGAUGGGAACGUUUUUGGUUCUUAUCACCAAAACCCAAUUAAAAAGAAACCAUUGAAAUUUUAUGAUCGACACAUCCAAAGAGGGGGGUAUUUCCUCUUUACUAUUACUAACCCAUACAAUAUCCCACCAACAAGGUUUGUGACCAAAAACAUGGACGACUACUUAGUGCUUUAUUCCGAUGACAACCCAAACUCUCUGAUCUCAAUGUGUUAUGUCUACGACCUCAAACUUAAUGGAUCGACAAUUAACACCGAUUUCCCGUUUUAUUAUAACACCGAAUACCCAUCCACUAUAUUCACUGGCUCUGUCAUACCAACGACUUUUAACUUCGAAAAUAUUAUCAUCCUCCAAUGGUACUUAUAA